UCAAAUCGUCAGCAUUCGCGGCGAGACACUCGAUCAAGAUGGCGGCCAGCUCUACCAACUUUUACGAUUUAUAUCGUCAUGGAAGCCUUGGGCUGUCGCUGACGGAUGCGCUCGAUGAGCUCAUCGGGGACGAGCGCAUCGACCCGCAACUUGCCAUGAAGGUCCUCACGCAGUUUGAUCGCAUCAUUGCCGAGACGCUGCAAGAGAAGGUCAAGGCCCGCCUAACGUUCAAGGGUUCCCUCGACACCUACCGCUUCUGCGACGAAGUCUGGACUUUUCUUAUCCGCAACGUAACCUUCAAGUUGGACAACGGCGGCCAAAUGAUUCAAGCAGACAAGGUCAAGAUCGUCAGCUGCAGUUCGAAGCGGACCGAUGAGAAGUAGCCAGUGGUGAUUAAGAGAGCCGCCGGGUGGGUGGCCGGAAUCUAUGAUUCCUCUAUGGUCCCUUCGGCAAGAUCAUAUCACAAGAUAUGGAAAGGUUUCUUAUAUGUGGCUUAGAAUCGGCGCGUUUAUUGUUUGCCUUACGGACUGAAGAAUGGCGUUGGGCGGGCAUCGGAGCAGGCGUUCGGUGAUUCGGACACAUCUUAAGGGUACGGGGGCUUUCUAACAUCGGCGAUGAAUACAGGGUUAUGAAUGUGGGC